AUGACGACUACGAUCUCUGAUCUUCCAAAGAAAUUGGUAGGGAUGAUACUCUCUAGGGUUCCUAUAACUAGUCUUGGAGCGGUGAGAUCGACUUGCAAACGAUGGAACGCUCUAUCCAAAGAUGAGAUUAUAUGUAAAGCAGAGGCGAAGCAUCAGUUUCUAGGGUUCAUGAUGAAGAAGUAUAAGCUUUGCUCAGUGAGGUUUGAUCUCUUCGACAACGAAGACGAAUACGUGGAUCCAUCUAUAAAGGAGAUAGGUAAUACUCCACUUGGUCAAGUCAAGCUUUUUCAAGUAUUUCAAUGCGACGGGUUAUUGUUAUGCGUGACCGAAUUAGAGGAUCUCGUGGUGUGGAACCCUUACUUGGGUCAAACCAGGUGGAUCCAACCUAGAAACAGUUACCACAGUUUGGACAGGUAUGCUAUCGGAUUCGACAAUAACCGUAAACACAAAAUCUUGAGGUUUUUGGAUGAUCCAGAUUCGGUCUGUGAGUACGAAAUCUAUGAUUUUAGCUCAAAUUCAUGGAGGGUUCUUGAUAUCACUCCCACCUGCGAGAUACAGUUUACUCAGCGCGGCACGUCUUUGAAGGGAAACACUUACUUGAUUGCCACGGAAAAAAUACCGUGGCCAGAGGAGGAAGAAACGGAACAAAUUGUGCCCGAGUCUGUCUUAAUCUGUUUUGAUUUCACAACGGAGAGCUUUGGACAGUUUCUUCCACUGCCGUUUGCUCACUACGAUGACUGUACUGGAGCUAUCUCUUCUCUUGGAGACGAGAAACUCGCCGCCUUAUAUCAGGGUUUGGAUUCAUCAGAGGUGGAGGUGGAGAUUUGGGUUACAUCUAUGAUUGAGCCCCAUGCUGUGUCGUGGAUCCCUUUCUUAAAAGUUGAUAUGGAACCACACUUUGGUUUUGAUUUUUAUGUCUCCGGGGGCAGUUUCUUCAUUGACGAGGAGAAGAAAGUCGCCGUGGUUAUUAGUUAUGACGCAUCUGAAACGACCCGCUACGAGGACGCAGCCUACAUCAUUGGAGAGAAUGGCUCUUAUGUUCCAAGUUUAGUGCAAAUCAACCAAACUGCAGCAGGAUUCAAAAAGGGAAGAGAAGAAGAAGAGGAGGCCAGCCAACCAACUAACACAAAGAAGAAGAAG